AUGAUUGAACUGUAUCAUGAUAUUUUUUUAGAUCAUACGACGUCAAUCGUAAACAAGCUUGGGUCUUCUACAGUAACUAUAACGACUAGAAAUUUGACAUUCAUUAAUCAAACGCUUUCUAUACAUUCAUUUCAAACUAAAUCUUUACCGAUAAAUCCUGAUAUCGUCGCACCUGAUGGUUCACUAGUUCGUAAUAUGUUAACAACAGUUGGCGGUAGUAUGGCACAAUUUGAACUUCCACCUGGAAUGAUAUCAAAUGCUGUUGAACAUCGUACUGUCUCUGAAAUAUGGUAUUUUCUAUCUGGCCAAGGAGAAUUUUGGCGUAAACAGAAUGAAAGAGAAGAAAUUAUUUUAGUUAAUGCUGCUAUAUGUAUUACUAUACCACUUGGUACACAAUUUCAAUUUCGUACAAUAGGAAAGAAACCACUUGUGGCAAUGGCAGUUACAAUGCCACCAUGGCCUGGUAAUAGUGAAGCGAUGUCAAAAAAGGGUAUUUGGAAUGCAACUUUUGUUGUAAUGCGAAACUCAUCAACAAAAGUAUUUCAUUCAAUGUAUUUGUUUAUAAUUACUAUUCUCGUUUUUCAUUAUAUUCAUUUAUAA